UGAAAAGAACUGUUGCAUGGCCAGUUCUCAUUUUUCCAGUGUACCAUGAGCAGCGGCCGGCUUUUGGUGGCUGAAAGCAAGCAAGUGCGACCUCCAUGGUGGAGGUGUGCGCUACUGUGGGUCGCGUCAGGCUUUGCUUGGGUGGUGUCGAUCCCGCUGCUUUUGUUCACGUUGGGUGGAUCUAUGCAACCCCACAUGGGAUGGGCCACUGGCAUUGGCGCGGCGUGUGGCAUGUUCUCGAUUUUGGUCCAGGUUGACCAGAGGCUGGCAGCCUUCGCCGUUUUCCUUGCAUCAAGCGCCGAGGUGUCCUUCUCAUCUGCCCUGGCGGCACAACAGUUGAUGACCUUUGUCUUGGCCGCAGUGGCAACGUGUUUGACCACGUUAAAUGCCAAGCGGCGUGUGUGCAAUCCCAGUGAGCAGUUCCUGGACUUUCAGUAUGGCCACUACUCCGGCUACCACAAACGCAGCGAGCUGAAUGGAGCUCUGGAAGACAUCCACCCGAGCAGAAGUUUUUUCGCUUGCCAUCCUCAUGGUGUCCUUUCAAUCGGGUGGAUUUCCAACGUGUGUUGGGGGCGAAAAUUUCAUCAGGUGGCCGGCCGGUGUUUCUGCUUGAUUGACCCAACACUCAGGAACAAAGGUCUUUUGGCAAAGUUUUUUCUGGACGCCUACGAAGGUCCGCAUGGCGGCUUCCGAGACACGCGCAGCCACACUAUGCAAGAACUUAUGGAGCGUGGCAGCUCUGUGGCCAUGAUACCCGGAGCCUAUCAAGAAGCCACGGCCUUCACCUACGGCCGGGAGCGUGUGGCUUUGGCGCGACGCAAAGGUUUUGUGAAGUACUGCCUGCAAUAUGGGUAUCGGUUGCAUCCGGUGUACACCUUCGGCGAGAGCGAGACGUACUACACAGCUUGUGGCUUUGAGUGGUUUCGUUUAUGGCUCAAUCGUAAAGGAAUCCCGACCGUCGCCUUUCGGGGCUUGCCGUGGUGCCCCUUACUGCCCCGAAGCGACGUCGAGAUGUUGACAUUCGUGGGUCCAGCGUUGGAGCUGCCACAGAUCUCCCAUCCAUCGCCACAAGAGGUGGAUGAAUGGCACGCAAGGUACAUUGAUGCCUUGGUAGCUCUUUUCGACAAGCACAAGGCAGAGGCAGGGAAACCUGCAGCAGUGCUUGAGAUUGUCUGAGCCACUCCGUGCUUCACGGUUUCAUUUUCCCAUGUGGCAGACAAGGUCUUCUCGAAGUUCGGACGUUUCAAUUUUGAUGCGGGAAGUUCUUCGAAUUUCCAAAGUUCUUCUUGACUUGCCUAGCGAGUCACUGCAUGUCGAAUCCAAAUACACCACAGUUGCCACUGCAUUGGCAAAA